AUAUUUUAUCUUUAAAGUAUCCAUGGAAACAUUAAACAAUAAUAAUUGGAAUGUUCACCUUUUUAAUUUGAAUAAUGGCUUAAACAAAGUUAAAGAAUGUUUUGAAAGAUUUUAUUAUUCUGUAGCAGAGUGUAACAAAGGACUUUAUUGGUGGUAGUGUUUUAUAUUGUGUGCCUUAUAAAGAAAGAGAUAAUAGCUUGUUGUCAUGAGGAAAAUAUAGUUCAAUUACAAUACAAGUAAAAAGUUUAACCACAGAUAUGAUAGUGGAUUUCUCGUUUAAUGUGGACUUGCAAACUCCUGCUGGCUAUCAAGAAAUCGUGAAUUUCGAUGCUUCCGCUAACCACAAUGAACAAAAAACAGAAGGAGCCGAGAAUAAAGGGUAUGCUGGUUCCACUUCUCAAUUGAUUACUUCGACAAUUUCCAUCCCAUUGAAGUAUAUAUGUCUUACAGUGUUGGUAAUUCAAACAUCGCUCAAUGUUCUUAUGCUACGUUACACACGAACAUCACGUGAUCCAAACGAGCCAGUAUACAUAGCAUCUACAGCUGUUCUGCUGUCAGAAGUUUUAAAAAUCUUUAUCUGUAUUCUAAUACUGCUAAAAGAAGUUGGAUACAGCUUUGAUCAAUUCCGGACGAAAAUACAUCGGGAAGCCAUCGAGAACUGGAAAGAUGCAUUGAAGUUAAUGGUGCCAGCUCUACUGUAUGUAGUGCAGAAUAAUCUCUUGUAUUUAGCGUUGUCGAAUCUUGAUGCAGCAACAUAUCAGGUGACGUAUCAACUGAAAAUUUUAACCACAGCUGUUUUCUCUGUAUUUAUGCUACAUCGGAAAUUGAAUCCAAUGAAAUGGUUCUCCUUAGUUGUAUUAAUGGUUGGAGUUAUUCUUGUUCAGUGGCCUGACCCAAGCUCUGCUGCAGCAAAAACAACGAAAGAUGUCGAAAGUUCAUCUCGCUUCAUUGGAGUGGUCGCUGUUUUGUGUGCAUGUAUUUCUAGUGGUUUCUCUGGUGUUUAUUUUGAGAAAAUUUUGAAAGGAAGUGCUGUAUCUUUGUGGAUGAGAAAUUUACAGCUAGCUUUUUUUAGUAUCAUCAUAGCAACGGCUGGAUUAUUUAUCAACGAUAUAAAAUAUGUGUUGACAGGUGGUUUCUUUCAAGGAUACAAUAAGCUUGUGUUCGUAGUUAUUUGUAUCCAGGGUGUCGGAGGUCUGAUUAUUGGUGCAGUGGUCAAGUAUGCCGACAACAUAUUAAAGGGAUUUGCUACUUCGAUCUCCAUCGUAGUGUCUUCUGUGAUCUCUUACUUCUUGCUGCAUGACUUCAACCCAACGCUAUUUUUCAUUUUUGGUUCGAGUGCCGUUCUUCUUGCGACGUACAUUUAUAGCCUGCCAGCAAAACCAACCUCUGAGAAAGUUAAUCCUGGAAAUAAGUGACAGUGGAGAAGUGUUCUCUACGUGUAAUGCUUGGAAAAAAGACGAUGAGGUUUCAAUCAAUGACUUUUAGAGUCGCCCAGAAAGAAAAUCCAGCAUGGGUGAAGAUUGCAAUUUUUUAGAUAUAGCGUUAAAUAUUUAUACGUAUUUAAUGAUUAGUUUAAUAUAAUUUAUAAAGUGUAA